ACGUGUGUGGAUGGAGGAGGAGGAAAAGCCCUGGAGAUUCCGCACGAGGAGGGGCAGCAAACCCAGCCCAGGGAGCUGUGGGGAGGAAAGAGCCCCCCUGAGCAAGGAAGGCGGCCGGAGAUCCAGCCAGAGCUCAGAGCUGGUAGAGAAGCCCCAUGGCAGAGAGAAGCCCCACAAGUGCUUGGAAUGUGGGAAGGGUUUUAGUCGGAGCUUAGACCUGAUCGAGCACCAGGUGAUCCACACUGGGGACCGGCCCUAUGAAUGUGAGGAAUGUGGGAAGAGUUUCAGCUGGAGCUCCAGCCUGAGGCAGCACCAGAGGAUCCACACUGGGGAGAGGCGCUUUGAGUGUGAGGAGUGUGGGAAGAGCCUCAGCCACAACUCUGUCCUGAUCCGACACCAGAGGAUCCACACUGGGGAAAAGCCCUUUGAGUGCGGGGAAUGUGGGAAGAGCUUCAGCCAGAGGGGCCACCUGAUGCAACACCAGAUGAUCCACACUGGAGACCGCCCUUAUGAGUGUGGGGAAUGUGGGAUGAGCUUCAGCCAGAAGGGGAGCCUGAUUCAACACCAGAGGAUCCACACUGGGGCAAAGCCCUAUGAGUGUGUGGAAUGUGGGAAGAGCUUUAGAUACAGCUCUGGCCUGAGGAAACACGAGAGGAUCCACACUGGGGAAAAGCCCUAUGAGUGUGGGGAGUGUGGGAAGAGCUUCAGCAUCAAGUGCCAGCUGACGGAACACCAGAAGAUCCACACUGGGGAAAAGCCCUACAAGUGUGGGGAAUGUGGGAGGAGCUUCAGAGAAAGCUCGGCCCUGAUUCGGCACCGGGUGAUCCACACGGGGGAACGGCCCUACACCUGCUUGGAAUGUGGGAAGAGCUUUGGGUGGCACACUGACCUGAGAAAACACCAGCAGCGUGUUCACUCUGGGGAGAAGCCCUACAAGUGUCCCCAGUGUGGGAAGAGGUUUCACAGGAGCUGCGAUCUCCUCGUACAUGAGCAGAGUCACACCGAUGAGAGGCCCUUCCGCUGCCCCGACUGUGGGAAGGGCUUCAAGCAAAACUCCCACCUCACCCUGCACCGGCGCAUCCACACGGGGGAGAGGCCCUACGAGUGUGGGGAGUGUGGGAUGAGCUUCUCAUCGAGCUCAAUCUUGACCAAACACCAACGGAGGCGCCACUAAGGGAAGCCCUGUGAGUGCCCCAAGUGUGGGAAGAGCUUUGUGUGCUGCUCCAGCUCCAUCCCCCAUGGGAGGAUCCACGUUGGAUGAUCCCCAGUGACCCCUGUUGGGCAGAGCCCUGGUGAUCUGUGGUCCUGGUGAUCCAAGUUGGAAGGCAUCUGGCUGGGGGACUCCACAUCUUCCUGGUUCCCUGUGGGCACCUAGAUAAACCCAGUAGCAGGAACAUCCAUCGGGACGCAGACCUACAAUGGGAAUUCCUUGGGGAGAAGAGAUUUGUCAAAUUUCAACCCCAUAAAAUCUUUUGCAUUCAGUCCUGUCUUCUGGUGACAUCAGGGAGUACUGAAUGGUCCCUGAGGUAUAUUCUGUGUCGACUAUAAGAUGCUUGUGUCCCCAG